CGACGCCGCCGUCGCCGCGCUGCUCGAGGCGGAGCAGGCGAGGGCGAGAGCGCUCGAGGGGGCGGCAGAGGAGAAGGCGCGGGCCGAGAAAGAGCAGCACUACGCCCAGCAGGCCGAGACGGCUGCGCGAGACGCGAGCGCCGCCGCCGCCGCCGCCGCCAGCGGACGUGUUCGAGAGCCGACCGGUCCGCGCCUCCCUCGGCGGGGGCAGGCUGCCCGCGGGGCGCGUGUCGAUGGGUUCCGCCUUGCAGCGGCCGCCCAGCUCCUCGGACGCCUCCCGCGGCGGCCCUUGCAUCGCGGAGACGCCGCGCUCCACGUGCGACGCCCUCGCCGAGGCGAAGCGCCGCCUCGCCGAACGGGGACGCCGACAGAGCGACUGCCCGUCGUCGCUCGGUCGGACGCGGGCGCAGUCGGCGGCGCUGCGAGGCGUGGAGUGAGUGGGCCACCGCCGCACCUCUGUGCGAGGGCAAGGCUGCGGUGUUCGACGCGGGGUACUCGGCAAGGGGCCCCGUAUGCAUGUCUGUGUGCUCGAGCUCCCGUGCGAGCGGAGCUCCCUGUGCCGUCUUGGGCCGAGUGGAGAGGUGUGUGCUGCUGCAGCAUGCCGCGGGCGGGGAGGGAGAAGGGGGGGGAGGGACACACGAGAGAGUGCGUCGCUUGGGGCACAUUCGGUGGCCGCACCAUGAGCGGAAUGUGCCGGGGCGGCGGG